AUGCAGUGUGACAAACCUAGCGUUCGUAAUGAAAAGAAAGAUGAAGUUAUGACUUUGAACACCCAAGGUGGAGGUCAUGGGCAGCUUCUUGUGACUAAGAAUAGCCAUCUUGGAAUAGAUUGUGUUGCUAAGCCAUUAUUCAAACAUGAGAAUCAUUUUUAUCGUGUUAUGUCUAAGACACCUCUUGUUGAGUGCCUUCCACGCUAUUGUGGUAAGACAGAAUACAAUGGAAAUGAAUACCUUCUAAUUGAAGAUUUGACUUCUGGAAUGACAAGUCCCUGUAUCGCUGAUCUGAAAUUAGGCACACGCUCAUUUGAGAUCGGUGUACCAGAAAGUAAGAAACAGAAGCAACUUCAAAACAUGUCAAAAUCAACAACACCAAAAUAUGCUGUAAGAAUCAUAGAUGUUUCGCUCCGCAAAGAUGGCAAUGUAGUUAAACGUUGGGAUCGCAAUUACGGAAAGAAAGCAUCAUUGAAUUCCUUCAUCAAGUCAAUGCAUAAAUUUAUUCCAGCCAACAAGAAAGAGGAAUUUGUUGCCAAAGUUGAAAAUGUAAUAAAUAAGCUUUCUAUUGCCAAAGAAAUGUACCCAGGAAGUAGACUUUACAGCGCUUCCCUCUUAAUUGUAUAUGAUUCCGACAAUAAUAAUACUCCAAUGAAAGUUGCCCUCAUAGAUUUUGCUCACGCAUAUUGUGAUAUUACUAAGAGUGGCGGAAAACUAGAUAAUAGAGAAUUUGACGAUAAUACUCUUUUGGGUCUCAGAAACAUUGUCCAUAUAUUCACUAACCCUAAUGAGAUUGAAGAGAGAUCCAAUUAA